AUGAACUUUAUUCCGUACCGCAGCAGCAGUGUCCCUCCACUGGCGGGGAUGCGGGGAUUCGGCGCCGUCCCGGAGCGAAUGGAACGUUCGAUGCCGUACCAUCGGAGCAGGUCGCAGGCAAAUCUGCGCCGGGGAACCAACGCGGGGCAGGGGGGCAGCCCGAGGGAGGAAGCAGCGUCUGGCACCGGGACUGAAGGUAGUGGCCAGCGGCGCAGCAAUUCAUACGUGAUCGUGGUGAUAGCUGAAGGCCGAGGACACGCGGCACUCGAGAUCGGUCUGGCCGCCAUCGAUGUAACGUCACCGCAUCUGCAGAUCACUCAGUACGGGGACAACUUUUGGUACUCGGUGACACUGGUCACCCUACAGGGUCUCGAUCCGACCGUAAUUUUUUUCUCCGAGCACACGCUGGAACACGGUACGUCCUACCUUCCGAAGCUCGUUCGGCAGUUCUUCCCCACGGGGCAGGUGCUCGGUUUGGGGCGCUCCUACUUCAACGAUAGUCUGGCCGAAGCAUACCUGGCGCAGCUGUGUAGUCGCGACUACGGGAGCAUUCGGGGCUUGAUGCAGCGCAAAUACUACGGCCUGGCGUCCUGCGGGGCACUGCUACGUCACUGCAGCGAAACCGGCCUACUGCUGAUCGCGCACCGUUCGCUGAAGCUCAGCUACAUCGACAAAAUGGCAACGAUGACCAUGGACGUGGAGUGUGUCGGGCAGCUGGAGUUGCUCCGAUCGCUUCAGACCGGCAACGAACGGCAGUCGUUGCACGGCUACAUGAACCACUGCGUGACCGGCAUCGGAAAGCGUCACCUGAGGGCGAACAUCAUCGAACCGUGGACCAACCGGGAGAAGCUGCAGCUGCGGCUGAACUGCGUCCGUGAGCUACUCGGCAAGCCGCCCGUACUGCAGGACAUUCGCAAGCUUCUGAUCGAGAUUAAGGACGUGGGGGGAUUGCUCCGACUCUCGAUCGACAUUGAUCGGCUGAAAACGAGCCACCAAAACACCGUCCACUUGCUCAACCAAGCGGCCAGUCUGCGGAAUGUGCUCAAAGCCGUACCGAAACUACGCGAGCUGUUGCGAGAUGUCCGGGCGGAAUAUUUGAACGAUCUGAAGCAAGCACUGGAAGAUGGCGUGUACAGCGAGCUGCUCGAAAAGAUCCGCCAAACACUGGACGACGGUGGCCCGGGUGGUGAGCGUAACCCGACGUAUAAUCGGCUCUUCCUGGUGCGCUCCCAAAUCAACUCCAUUUUGGAUCUGCUGCGAACACUCUACUCGGGCGUGAUCGAUGAGAUUCGUCAGUACGUGGCCGAGCUGUGCCUCGAGACGCGCAUGCAGCUCAAAUUGACCCACUCGCGGGCGCACGGGUUCCACCUACUGUACGUCCUGGCGAGCGAAGAGGUGGACAACGUGGCCGAACAGUUGUCCGCUUUUCAGAUCCUGGGACGCGUGGGACGCCGCUACACCCUCGCCAACGGGCGGCUGAUUGCGUUCAACGAAAAGCUAAACUCGGUCGGUAAAGAAAUCGAAGAGAUCAGCUACGGUAUCAUCCAGGAGUUGAUUGCCAGCGUGCGGGAGAGCAUCGAUGCGGUGUACAAUCUGGUCGGUUGCCUAACAGAUUUGGACGUGAUACAGGCUCUGGCUACCGUCAGCCAGGGGAGAGACUUUGCCGAACCCCAGUUCGGGGAGGAAACGAAGAUCGUGGCCGGACGCCAUCCGUUGCUGGAAUGCUUCGCUGGUGGACGCAAGAUCGUCCGCAACAACGUGAUUGCUACGCCCGAGUACAAUGCGUUCAUCGUAACCGGGCCCAAUAUGAGCGGCAAGACGGUGUACUUGAAAACCAUCUGCCUGCUGCAGAUCAUGGCCCAGCUGGGAUGCUACGUUCCGGCGACGUCAGCGCAGGUUCGGAUCGUCGAUCGUCUGCUGACGGUCUUCGGCAAUGCCGACAGCGUGCAGCAGGACGAACAGGGCGUUACCUCGGUGGCCCAAAACAAGCUGCAGUUUGUCCGUCACUGUCUCACGCCGACCAGUUUGGUGGUGAUCGAUGAACUUUACGGUGACACGCACCGCCCGGACACGACCAGCACCAAAUGGGCCCAGCUGGAGCGAAUCGUUCGGCACGUGGGUUUUGCCGGAGCGCAGGACGCGAUCCCGACGCUAGCGUCCAUCCGGAAACCGUUCGUGUACGUGACGACCCACUGUCUGGAGAUGCUCCGGCCCCUGGAGCAGCAUCACAAUGUGUCCCGGUUGUGUCUGCAAACGGAAUCGAUCAGCGUGGAUGGGGUCGAACGGCUGCGGUACAAGUACGUCGUCACCGAGGGACACACGACGGUGCAGAACUAUGGCCUAUCGUUGGCGCGCACCUUGAACAUUCCGCCGGAGGUGCUGGAUCGGGCUGCGGAGUUAAAUAGUGGCCAGUUGAGGGAACACUUUGCGCAGCAGCUUCCGCUCAAUCGUACCACCAAUCUGUCCACCACGCUCGGCACCCUGUCGACGCAGACCAAUUUUAGUGAGUUUUUUAAACUCUUCUAUCAUCUGUACGCGAAAAUAGCCGAUGCGGCCAGAAACUCGGCCGACGUGCAGAGUACGCUGGCCGGGGAACUGGAAACGUUCGUGCGUUCCGUGCCGGAAGAGGUGCGCGCAUUUCUAGAGGCCACUCCUCUCGAUCGCCUUCUACAGCUCGACGGUUGA